AUGGUCCCAGUCACCAGUCCCGAAACCCUGCGAAGCUAUAGAAAUUCUGCACAGCUUGAGCAUAUCGGUAUCGUGCAGCGUCGGCAGCAGCAUAUUGUCAGGGAAAUGGAUAGCGAAUUCAAGUUCAUCAGAUGCCCUGUCGAGAGCUUCAUGAAAGCUUACCUGCCUUUUGUCCCAAAUGACAAGGAAACGCAAUAUUUUGUCCAGCAACUUUUACAGGGCACUUUAACGGGGGCUGUUAAUGCUUCUCAUUCCAGCGACGUAACUACACGGCCAGUGUUGUCUGUAUUAACGGGAAACGAGACAACUUUCGCUUUUCGAGAUUACCCACUCCAGAGCAAACGGGGGCGGCAGUCUAACAGCAAAAUCACCGUCUUUCGAGGAUGGGAGAAGAUUGCACAGACCAUUGGCAAUUUCGAAUAUCCUGGGGAACGAAAACGCAACAAAUUCAGCUACGUAAACAUUCCGAACAAGAGGAUAGCUUCCUCCAACCGAGGCUACAACAACAAAAUCGAUGCCGCAUUUGUUGCAGCCUGCGAUACGGACAAGCCGCUUCAGACGACCGACAUAGCUGUUGUAGUCGGGCACAAAGUCGCUGCGUCGCACAAUCGGCAAAACGCGUUACAUGUCGUCUCUUCCAAUGUUCAGAUCAUGAACGAAGACGUACGUCCCGCGUCGUAUCCUUUUAACUUAUCCACGAAUCCUAAACUAUUCAUUCAAAUCCUCAUUGCAUUUUUGUUUGCAACGGAAGAAGAGCUUGGCUACGAUUCAAUGGUGAAGCUCGCACCAGACGGAAACUACACAUUCAAGCUUCCACGUUUACCGGGAAGCGACGAGUUUCGGCUCUUUCGCACCGUAGAGGGCCUAUCGGUCUAUCAUUCGAACAUCAUCACUGGUCAAAUGACACGUGUUUAUAAAGUCGUUGAAGUCAGGGAAAACGGCGAAGCGUUUGGAGAUCCUCUCGUUUUGAAAGACGUGUGGCUCGACAGCUCUGCGAAGACGGAAAAAGAGAUACAGGACGCUAUUUUUACCGAUAUCGAACAAUUUUGGGAUUGCCCGGACGAACCGCCGGAAUUAAAAGGCUUCAAAGAAGCUCACAAAAAUAUUGUUAGCGAUGACAGCUAUAAGCAGUACUUUCUUCAGAUUGUCCUGGACUACAGCGGACAGAAAACCAAAAUACGAGUAGAAAGAGGAACUGAAGUCAGAGAUUUUUUCGACGCGGAGGAAGACCUUGCACCAGAUGCUCCGGUGACUGGUACCAAAUCACAAGAAUCGCAGUCUCAGAAUGAUCAGACGUUUGUAAACACACACCGAAUUGUUUCCCAACCACCAGCCCUUCCAGCUAUUCCGAGCGAGCAGAAGAGGCAAUAUCGCAUCCUUUUCAAGGAGAUUUGUAGACCUUCUGGACGGCUCGAAACCCUUGGAGAAGUGGUCAAUGUGCUAUCGCAAACCCUCAUCCCGCUCCAGCUUUUGUUUUGCGCGGGAUGGGUCCAUAGGGACAUUAGUUCUGGAAAUAUACUUGCUUUCAAGGAAAAUUUGGAGAGCAAGGGGCCGUGGCUGGCGAAGCUCUCUGACCUUGAAUAUGCCAAGACAUUUCCUCUGCCAAAUGGUUCAAAGCGUGCUGGAAAUCCAAAGACGGGGACGCCGUACUUCAUGCCUCUAGAGGUGAUGAUGUCGUCUUACCUCUUUUCUUCCGACCACGAUAAGAGAAUAACUGCAAUGGAGCAUGGCACACCGUCGUUUCCUGCACAUAAUUCACUUGACAUUGAAGAAGCGCGCUACUUGGAGAGAGGUGCGAAUCUGGAAAGGAAAGCUCAGGAAACACCUGCGAUUGCAGAGACCGGUGUCGCCCAUAAUUUCCAACAUGAUUUAGAAUCAAUAUGGUGGAUUCUUUUCUGGAACAUAUGCUGCCGCCUUGACCCAGAGCAAUCGACACCAUCUCUGCAGAAUUUUGGCAAAGCCAUUUUCAUAAACGAGAUCAAGCCUUCUAAUGCUCGAAUCCAUUGCAUCACCAAAACCUCAUUCGGAGAAUCCAUCAUAGCUAAUGCCCCGAAGUCGAUUUAUUCCUUUGUCUCUUUACUCUUCGUUUUGAGGGAGGAUCUUUACCAGGACUACAUCGAGCGUGGUCGCGAAGGCGCAUACAAUGAUGUCGGAUCGUAUGCCAAAAUCCACGACAGAUUCCUCUUUUUGUUUAAAAUAUUCAACAAGCAGGCGACCGCAGCUCAGGACCUAGUCGGCAGCAGUGGAAGAGACUUGCAUUGGUCGGAGCUUUCUUUAUUGGUGAAAAAUUUUAGCAGCCUUGUGGCAGAAGGAUCUGCGGUGGGCAAACCGGAGCGUAAGCGUCCUCGAUCCGAUGAAGACCAUAUCGACUCGAGGGAGGUAGCCAGCGAGGUCAGAACCAAAGCCAAGCAACCUAGGAAAAAGUGA